GUUCGUCUGCUUUCUCCUUCUCUCUCUCCAUUGCCACCCCAUACUAACUUCUAUUAUGGGAAACCAAAAUUAAAAAAGCUUCAACCUUUAACAUUUGAAAAACUCUAAUCUUUUACUUGAAAUCUAUCUACUUUCUACUCAAUGCUUGCAUCUUGAGGUCUUUCACAAUCACACAAUGGUGGGUACUGAUCACUCUCUACCCUUCUCAACGGCGAGGAACUUGCCUUGGAUUUUGAGGUCGGAGAGCAAGAGGAUUAGCCAGUCAGAACUCGCCAAGCGUCCUGACCCGUUCUUUCUACCGGAUCUACUUGAUGGGUUUGAAGAGAGCAAAUACGGUUGGCUUGCUGAUGAUGUGAAGAGGCUUUGUGAGCUCAAAAGGAAACUCUUGAACGGUUCUGUCUCAGUGGAAGAGACAGAAACUAGACAGAAGAAGGAAAAACCAGAUGAUGUGUUGUCUCAAGAAUCAGUAACUAUUGGAGAUUGCUCAGGAUCUGAAAGUUAUAACGAGGAGUAUUCAUCCAAGACUCCUACAGAUGAUGACAAUGGAACUCAUCUGUAUGGAGUAGGAGAAGAAGAAGAAGAAGCAGAACUUUGGAGGCAGAUGGCAUUUGCUCAAGAAUCAUCUAAAGUAACGGUAGAGAAUGUACAAGACAACGAUCCCAAACAAAUCGAAGACUGUGAGCACUCCUUCAUCCACAAGGAUGACGUUGGAGAAGUCUGCCGUGUUUGUGGACUCAUCAAAACACCAAUCGAAAACAUCAUCGAAGUUGUCUACUACAAGCCCAAGAGAUCAAGAAGAACUUACACACGGGAACAAGAAGAAGACACAGAAACAACGAGGAUGGACUUCACAGAAACCCACCACUCUUCUUCUCACACCAACAACAUCUUAGGAGACAAGAUGUUCAUCCACCCAAGGCACGACAACGAGAUGAGACCCCACCAAAUCGAAGGCUUCAAGUUCCUAUGCAACAACCUCGCAUCCAACGAGCCAGGCGGGUGCAUCUUAGCACACGCGCCGGGCUCAGGCAAGACAUUCCUCCUCAUCAGCUUCCUCCAAAGCUUCAUGGCCAUGGAUCCGCAAGCCAAACCGCUCAUAGUCCUCCCAAAGGGUAUCAUAGAGUCGUGGAAGAGAGAGUUCACUAAAUGGGCGGUGGAGGACAUCCCUCUCUAUGAUCUCUACAGCGUCAAAGCCGAAUCAAGAAGACAACAACUCAAGGUUCUGAGAGAAUGGGUUGAAGAGAGAAGCAUACUCUUUCUCGGUUACCAACAGUUCGCAAAGAUCAUAUGCGAUGAUAGCAUUAACAUAGAUGAUGAAGUGUCAGAAGAUUGUAAACGUAUUCUUCUCGAGAAGCCGACGCUGCUUAUCCUCGACGAGGGACACACGUCGAGGAACAAAGAGACGAACCUGCUUAUCUCCCUUGCUCGCGUCAGGACUCGUAGGAAAGUUGUUCUCACGGGGACAUUGUUUCAGAACAACGUUGAGGAAGUGUUUAACAUUUUAAACCUAGUCCGUCCCAAGUUCUUGAAGCGUCACCGAGAGACUGUUUCCCGCAUCAUGAGCAAGGCGGAGAUACCUAGCGGCAAACAUAUGAACCAGAGUAGUAUUGAAAACACUUUCUUCGCUGCGGUGGAGCUUACACUGAGUAGAGAGAGUUCAGCUAAAGCGAGUAUGAUUAAGGAUCUGCGCGAGAUGACACGUCACGUCUUGCAUUAUCACAAAGCGGACUUCAAGGGAUUGCUUCCAGGGCUUAGUGAGUUCACUGUGAUGCUUAACUUGAGUCCCCUUCAGAGAGAUGAAAUCAAAGGCCUUAGGGAGAUGGAUCUGUUCAAGCAGAUCUCUCUCGGUGCUGCUUUGUACAUACACCCGAAGCUUAAAGCCUUCUUGGAGGCAAACCCUUCGAACGGAGAAAAAGGUUUCGCUGAUAACUUGCUGAAGAAGCUAGAUACCUUGCUGAAGAAGAUUAACGUUAAAGACGGCGCCAAGAUGAAGUUCUUCCUCAACCUCGUGUCUCUCUGCGAGUCAACGGGUGAGAAGCUGUUGGUGUUCAGCCAAUACAUCAUCCCUCUCAAGACUCUCGAGAGGCUCAUGACCCUGACGAAAGGAUGGAGGGUGGGGAAAGAGAUGUUCACCAUCACAGGCGACUCGAGCAGCGGGGAGAGAGAGAUGUCCAUGGAGAGGUUCAACACCUCUCCGGACGCUAGAGUGUUUUUCGGAUCGAUCAAAGCAUGUGGAGAAGGGAUCUCAUUGGUGGGUGCGUCGAGGGUGCUGAUUCUCGACGUUCAUCUAAACCCUUCGGUGACUCAGCAGGCUGUGGCUAGAGCUUAUAGGCCGGGACAGAAGAGGAGAGUGUAUGCGUACAGGCUUGUGGCUGCGGAUUCGCCGGAGGAGGAGAGCUAUGAGACGUGUUCGAGGAAGGAGAUGAUGUCUAAGAUGUGGUUUGAGUGGAACGUUGGCUGUGGAGGAGGGAGAGAUGAGUUUGGGUUUAGGGACGUGGAUGUUGAUCAGUCUGGUGAUGUGUUUCUUGAGACGACUAAGAUGAAGGAAGAUAUCAAGAGUUUAUAUACUAGGUGAAGUAGUCAGUUUGAUAACCGAGUCUAACCGGUUUUAACCGGUUUCUGAUUUUUGGGUAGAAUCAGAGUACAAUUUUAUUUUUAAUUUGAAUUCUCUUUUGGGUUUAAGAGCUGAACGUUGUUAUUUUAGUUUCAAAGUUUUAAUUUGACUAAAUCGC